ACGUUGCAACACACUGGGUGUGGUGUGCACACACUCACACUGCAAUAAAUGUCCUAAAGAACUUCCUGCUUGAAACACAACACACAUUGUUGCCUGAACCAUGAGUGCCGCUGAGUGGAAAAAGAAAUGUGAGGAUGAGUGGAAUCUGCAGGGCCUGCCGGCACCACAAAGCCUGGACUGGAAGUCUGUGCAUGAAGCCAAACCAUUUGGGAGGAAUCUGCUCAAGAACUCGUCUCCUUAUGGGUUGAGUAAAGAUAUGGCUCCACCUGAACCCGACUUGCCAGAAUUUCCCAUGCGUGGCCCUCCCAUUUUUCAACCGGAAGGUGACUUCACUGGCUGGACCACCAACAUAGAGGUUCUCCCUGAAGAUACCAGUGGCAUUCCAGCAGGGGUUGUGAUCUGUGCUUUACCGCAGUUCAGUUGGUUUACACUGGAGCAGACUCUGGACCUAAAGGCAGAAGGUCUAUGGGAUGAGCUGCUGGAUGAGUUUCAACCAGAAAUAGUCAUUCAAGACUGGUAUGAGGAGAGUCAACUGCAUCAGUCAAUCUACCAACUCCAUGUGAAGUUAUUGGGUGCGGACAAAAGCACGGUGAUCUCCGAGCACUCUGUCAACCCCACUGAGGACUUGAGCAUCUAUUCCCUCACGUGGAAGGAAGUGUCACACGUGUUCUCUGGCUAUGGCCCGGGCGUGAGGUACAUUCACUUCUUGCACAGAGUGAAGAACCAAUUUUUGAAUGGCUUCUACGCCACAAGGUUUACCGGCAGCUCAGUUAUUGUCAAACCACUCAAAAGCAGCUCAUAGACGCAUCUUUUCUCAAUAGGCUGCUGGGAUUUCCUCAGAUGAUAGAUUAUAGCAAUACAUUGGCUGCCUUCACAGAAGCAAAACAAAAGUUUGGACAAAUUGAAUAAAAUGUACAGACUUUUCUUCCAAAACGGAAACAA